UCCUCAAUCUUCACGAAAUAGCUGCCACCACCAUAGAUGUCUGCUUCUUGGUUAUUUUCCACUCCUUGUUCGAAGCUGAAUUACCACCUCUGCCGCCACCGCCGCCGUAACCACCGCCUGAUUUUCUCGCCGUCGUUCUUAUUUUCCGGCACCGGAAAACAAAUGGCCACCACUAACAGCGCCAGCGUCGGUGCAUUUACAACACUCAAAGAAAGAGUCACUUUUGAAAAAGAAAUCAAAAAAAGCAAAUUUAUUGCCAUUUCUGGUCAUAUUCCAGACGAGGGUUCUGCUCAAUCUUUCCUUUCUGAGGUACGAGAUCCUAGAGCUACACAUAAUUGUUGGGCGUACAAGGUUGGAGAACAAUAUCGGACUAAUGAUGAUGGCGAACCAUCUGGUACUGCUGGCAAGCCAAUACAUUCUGCAAUUGCAUCCUCAGGAUUGGAUAGAAUCAUGGUUGUUAUUAUCAGGCACUUUGGAGGAAUUAAACUUGGCACUGGAGGUCUAGUAAGAGCUUAUGGAGGAGUAGCUGCAGAAUGUUUGAGAAAUGCUCCUACAUGUCUCAUAAAAUCUAAAGUCCCGAUGGGCUUGGAGGUUCCUUUUGAACUAUUAGGAGUCUUAUACCAUCAGCUACAGUCUUUCCAGGCAGAAGAUAUCAAGCAGGAUUAUGAUACCGGGAAAGAUGGAGUCACCAUGGUCACAUUCAAAGUUGAUUUUGACCGUGCACAAGGUUUAGAGGAAGCUAUUAAGGCCAACUGCAGUCGUGACAUUGUAUUCUACAAACGCUAGAAUUUUUCCAUAUCACUUUGUCUGAUGGUUUUAGUUCCAUCCUGAUGGAACUUAUGGAGAUCUGAAAUACCUUCUGCUCCAGAAACAAGCUGCACGUCUAGAUGGUUAAUAACAUUCCCUCAUUCUUGAAAGGAUGGCAUUGCUUUUGUUGACUCCAAAGUCUGAGCUGACUAGCUCUAUACCUGAUGAAUCCCUGAGAUCCAGUGGCGCACAGUUUGAAACUCGGAGUCAUUAUAGGAGACAGCAUGAGAGGUGGUAUGUCCUCAUUUGCUCAUAUGUUCAUACAGCUUCUAGAAAUACAUACUUGUAGUGUCUUCCCAUACUUUUUGUUUUUGUUCUAUCUGUUGUUUUUGUUAUUAUCUGUGGUUUCUUGUCCUUCCGGUACUCCUUUUGUGAACUGCUUUGGAUUGUUUUUCCUUAAGCCAAGGGUCUAUCCGAAACAACCUCUCAAUAUAUGAGGUUAGUACAACACUGCAUAUGGUAUAACUUCUUCUUGCUAGUUCAUAUGAAAGAACUAUUCUGUAUUGGUCAAAUGGCACCAUAUAGACUCAAUUGCUAACAACUCUAUUUCACACCGAUGUAGGACUCUUUAACAGACUCAG